CCCCCCCCCCGAAAAAAACUAUCGCAUUGAACUUCCGCCACGUGGUCCGGACACGUACGGAACGCGAUCGUUCACGCGUCCGAUUCCCCGACGUUGACUGUUUUCGCUUGUGUUAUAGUUUGAAAAUACAGAUCAGUUAUCUCCAUCAAAAUUCUUUUCGCGUAAAAAAGUCAACAUGCGUAUAAAAACAAUGAAUACGUUUUGUAGAAAAUUAAACACAAAGAUGAAAAGGCGUAAAAGUAGGAUGACGGAAACUACUCAAUGGAUUCAGACAAUACCUGUGGGAGAACAACAAGUAUCUUUCGUGAGCGAUAGUAGUGGCCGGGGCCAUGAAAUUAUCCCUUUCCCGCUCCCCAGGACGUCUUUGACGUUGGAAACUGCAAGAAACAAAAACCAUGGACGCUUCUAAGGAGGAAGCUUCCGCUGACUUUUGCCCUCGGUCAUAUCAGCUGGAGCUAUUCAACUGUGCUCUAAAGAAGAACUCCAUACUUGUCCGCACCGGGUCAGGAAAAACUUUCAUCUCAAUCCUGCUAAUCAAAGAGCUAGGGCAUCAGAUUCGAGAGUCCCUUAAAGGAGGAAGCAAAAGAACUGUGUUUGUGGUGAACACAGUGCCACUUGUCCAUCAGCAGGCAGCAGCCAUUCAGCAGCACACACCCUUUGAAGUUGGCAAGUAUGAAGGUUCCAUGGGAGUCGACUACUGGACAGAUGAGCAUUGGCAGAAUGAACUGGAGAAACAUGAGGUUUUGGUGGUUGUGGCUCAGAUCUUUCUAGAUUUGAUCUUACAUGCGAAGCUGCCACUUUCAUCAGUCAACCUCCUGAUUAUGGAUGAGUGCCAUCAUGCGACAGGCAGUCACCCCAUGCGUGAGAUCAUGAGAGCAUAUGAGAAUUUAAAGCAACACUCCCCAGAAAAGCUUCCCAGAAUAAUGGGUUUGACAGCUUGUGUUGUUCACCGCAAGUGUAAGAGGAGAGAGGUUUUGAAGUACAUGGAGAGUCUGGAAGCAGCUAUGGAUUGUGCCCUGGUGACCUCUGUUGAUCCAGAAACUGUUCUGAAAUAUACCACAGGGCCUAAGGAAAAAGUGAUUUGUUUCUACACAGAGAGCAUUACAUCUGACUACCAAGAAACAGUUAAAGCUCAGCUUGCAGGUCUUGAAUGUGACAUUAUAACAGAUUGUUUCAUAAAUUAUAAAGCAAGAAAACAAAUCAAGAAAAAAGUCAAGAAUAUUGAACACAUAAUGUCUGACCUUGGUGACUGGUGUGUUGCUCGAGCUAUAAAGUAUGAAAUUGAACACCUUGAUGAAACUGAAGGAAUGGAGGAAGAUCCAAAAAUAAGAGAGAUAUUGAAGUUGCUGAAGGAGAGACUGAGAGAAGUAUAUGUUGCUUGUGAACUAAAGGAAAAAGGUAUGGCCAAUCCUGUGGAGCAUAUCACAUUCAAAGUGAAAAGGCUCUUAGAAAUAUUUAGUAAGUGCAAUAAAGAAGUAUUUGGCUUGAUUUUUGUGGAGAGAAGAAACACUGCCAAAAUUCUCUAUGACCUCCUUUUAGAGAUUGCAAAACAGAACCCAGAGUUCAGUUUUGUCAAACCCUCUUAUGUUGUAGGAUGUAAUUCACGUCCAGGCAUUGAUAUACGUUUAGCAGAAUUGGAACUCCGUAAACAGAAGGAAACUCUUGAAAAUUUCAGAAAAGGUGAGACUAAUUUUCUGAUAUCAACAAGUGUUUUAGAAGAAGGAGUUGAUAUUAGGAAAUGCAAUGUCGUGGUUCGCUUUGACAUGCCACAGAAUUACCGUGCAUAUGUGCAAUCUAGGGGGAGGGCUCGUGCUAAACCAUCUGUGUAUCUGUUGAUGGUAGAAGAAGCAAAAGUUAGUGAAAUGCUGGAGUGCAUUGGAGUAUACAGGGAAAUUGAGGACUCACUUCAGUACUUGUGCCAUGGUCGGAAUUUACCAACAGCACAGACAACAAGGAAGCAUUUUGCAGAAGAUGAAUACAUAAAGCCAUAUGAACCAUAUGGACCUGUAGGACCAAAGAUUACAAGCAACUCAGCCAUACAACUGGUUAAUUUGUAUUGUGGGAAAUUGCCCUCUGAUAAAUUCACAGAUAAUUUGCCAGAGGUAGUUGAAGAGGUCAAAGAAGGAAUGACCACUGUUGGGAUCAGACUUCCAAUCAUGGCACCUCUGAAAGACAUGAUAUAUGGUAGUGGAUGGGCAAACAAAGAUCUUGCAAAGAAAUCUGCUGCCCUGCAACUUUGUAUCAAAUUGCAUGAAAUGGGAGAGUUGGAUUCCAACUUACGACCAAAGGAAAGCAAUGAUGAUAGCUUAGUAGAAGGUUUGGUCGACCUCCCACCUGAAGAACCUGUUCCAGAAGGCACAUCAGAGUCUGGCACCAGGAAGAGAAGGCGAGUUCAUGCCAAGGAUUUGUGUUACCCUUUUUCAAAUGAACAUGGAGGGUCAUAUUGUCUGUAUUCCAUAGAUAUUAAACCUUUUGGCCAGUCAGGUGAAAGUGUAACCAUUGAUUCUUCUACAUGUAUUAGUAAGAUUGGUUUCAUCUGUAAGGAAGGUUUAGUAUCCAGCCCCUUCCCACUCUUUUUCUCAAAAUGGGGGGACGUUAUGGUAAAUGUUAGGGAAGUUGGUCCACUGACUGACUUAGACACUAGUUUAUUUGACAAAAUUAAGAAGUUUCAUAGGCUUGUCUUUGAAAAUCUCAUAGAAUUGAAUGAGAAUUUGAUGAGUUUUGACCCAGAAAAAUCUAAAUGGGAUGUGUUUAUUGUACCACUUGAUUUCUCAGAAAUCAUUGACUUGAACAUGUUGAAUGAGAUCUAUUCCUUUGACUCAAUCAAACCUGUGAUGCUGAAGUCACACAAUCAAAAUACCAAGUUUGUGAGGUCAAAAUUUGAAGAUGCACUAAUUUAUCCACAGUAUGGCAUACCCUCUAACCAAAUGUAUUAUGUGUCACACAUUUUUGAUGAACUGAAUCCUUGUAAUACAUUUCCUGAGGGUAAAAAGGGAUAUGAAUCCUAUGAAAGAUACUUCCUGGAAAGGUAUGGAUUAGAAAUCAAGGAUAAGAAUCAACCUUUAUUGGAAGCAAAACACAUACCAAAGGAACUGAAUUACCUGAAGAAAAUACCAAAGAAAGCAAAAGAAAAGAAAGGGAAUUUAGUGCCACGUUUUGUACCUGAAUUCUGUGGUUUAAUUCCUAUAAAAGCAUCGUUAUGGUGGCAGAUUAUGUGCAUGCCAUCCAUUUUCCAUCGUCUGAACAGCUUUAAUUUGAUGCAUGAAUUUAUUGUGAAAACAAAGAUUACAUCACCUGCUAUAAAGAAUGAAGUCCUUGAUUUCUCCUGGACUAAGAAAUUCAUUUAUGAGCUACUUGGUUCAUCAGAAAAUACUGUACCAAUAUUCUUAGACAGGAAGAAGCAAGAAUAUAUUCAUCCCUUCAGUAUGUUACAUGCAUUCACACUCAAAGAAGCCAGUGAAGAUAAAGAGUUCAACCUAGAGAGACUUGAAUUAUUAGGUGACUCCUUCCUAAAAUUUGUCACAGGAGAAGCCCUGUUUCUAAGAGAUGAAAGUUAUCAUGAAGGAAGGCUUUCUCAGAGCCGAGGCAAAUUAGUGUGUAACAAAACCUUGUUUAGAUUGGCAUGUCAGAAAGGCCUAGAAGGAAAAAUUGCUGCUAAAGUUUUAAACCCCAAGAAGAAUGGAUCCAUACCAGGCUUUAGAAUAAAGCCUGAAUUUGAGGAAAGCUUGAGGUCUCUUGAAGUGCCUCAUGAUUUCUGGCAUCAAGUUCCCAACACUGUAAAGGAUGUUGGUGACUUAAAAGAGGCAGUCUUUGCUUUGAUGUCAGACGAUGCAUCCAAGGAUGAAAAAGCAGAGAAAAAGGGGUCAUGUUACAACCCAUGGACAGAGCAUGAAGUGUCAGACAAGAGCAUUGCAGAUUGUGUGGAAGCCAUAAUUGGAGCCUACCUCCUUGUGUGUGGGAAUGAGGCAGCAGCAGCCUUCUUGCAUUGGCUUGGAGUUGGCGUUUUCAGGGACAACUCCUUGUUAAUGGAACCAAAGACAGUAAGAACUGCUCGUGUGCGUAAGGAGUGUGCACAAGACCUAACCAUAUUCUACAAGAAAGCAGUCCUAGACCGACUAGAGAAGAAGAUUGGCUAUACUUUCAGGGACAGAAGCUUCAUAGUUCAGGCAGUCACGCAUAGUUCAUACGUGAAUAACCAGGUAGCAUGGCAAGUAAUAGAAAGGAUAUUGGGGGACCUGUUGAAUACAUCCAUUCAGACAAUACAGUUGAACCCAAUUCGUCAGCUGCUAGAAGAAGUGCCUGGUGAGAAGCAAGUUGAGUUUGUUAAGGGUGAAGAUGAUGGAAGUGAAAAGUCAACGUAUGUUGUAAAGGUAAAAGGCUUUGGCACCUUCACAGCAAGUGGCAAGAAUUAUCGAGUGGCAAAGAAAAAGGUCGCAGCGAUUGCACUAAAAGAAAUUCACAACCAGCAGGCUGCUAUUUCACAGUUGCCUCAACUCCCCAAUCCACCAUCUUCGUUCUAAUUGUUUCUUCUGUAUUUGCUUUAUAUUUUACUCAUUAAUGAGGAUUGCAUGAUCUGCAUGUUUAAUUGUAGGAUUUUUUUUUUUUUUUUUUUUUUUUUUUAAAUAAUAUAUUUUUAAAAUGACAAUGGAAGCCAUUAGUUUUAGGUUAUCCUGCUUAGCAAAAGUGAUCAAUCAGGCAACUUUGACAUAUAUAUGGGUAAUAAUUUUCAGGCUUAGUGUUUAGUUAAUUGUAUGUAUGUGUUUUUUUUUUUUUUUUUUUUUUUUUUUUUUUUUUGCCAUCUAGGAAGUGGUUCUUCCCUCUGCAUCUGUAGGUAACCCCCAUGGGUUUCAAGGGAUUAUAGGGAGGGGAGGGCUGUCAAUAAGUAUAGGAUACAGGAACAAGGAAGGUUAUGUUGAAUAUAAAGGACAAAAAGUAAGCAAAGGCUUUUACAUAAUGUGAAUUGUUAGCAAAUGCACUAAAGAAAAUAGCUGAGAUAAUUACUUUAUCUUUUUUUUCCACAAUGCCUAGUAAUAUCCCUUCUGGAUAGGGAGUAUACCCCCAGGUUAAGAACCGUUGCUUUAGUGUUGGAAAGUGUCAUGGUUAAGCAUCAGUGUUAGAAUGGUUAUAGGAAUUGUUGGCUUUUUACAGGCCAUUUGGAAAAUUUAGGUAAGGGAAGAAAUUGAAAUUGUUUAAUAAAAAGAAAGAAUAUAAAAUUGUUUAAGAUAAGUUUUGAAUAUUUUUAAUAUUAAGGAAGUAGGUUUAUUAGGAAAGUAUUUCACUGAGCUGUUUAUACAUACUAUUGAAAAGUGUCUGCAAGAGUUUACCUGAAGUCUGUAUCUAUGAAUACACAUCAAUUUUAAAAGAAAAAAAAGUCUCCAAAGCACAA